AUGAUGCACCAGCUCCGAGUGAACGUGUCCAACGCAGUGCUGCCCAGCGACUUUCGAGAGGUGCUCCAGCGGCGACUGGGGGAGCUGGAGAGGCAGCUACUGAGCAAAGUGGCGGAGCUGGAGGAUGAGAAGUCCCUGCUCCACAAUGAGACCUCGGCUCACCGGCAGAAGACCGAGACUGCCCUGAACGCUCUGCUGCAGAGGGUGACUGAGCUGGAGCGAGGCAACAGCGCGUUCAAGUCUCCCGAUGCGUUCAAAGUGUCCCUCCCGCUCCGCACAAACUACCUGUAUGGCAAGAUCAAGAAGACACUGCCUGAACUCUACGCCUUCACCAUCUGCCUGUGGCUGCGAUCCAGCGCCUUGCCGGGCAUCGGCACCCCGUUCUCUUACGCGGUGCCCGGGCAGGCCAACGAGAUCGUGCUGAUAGAGUGGGGCAACAACCCCAUCGAGCUGCUCAUCAACGACAAGGUUGCCCAGCUGCCCCUGUUUGUCAGUGACGGCAAGUGGCACCAUAUCUGUAUCACUUGGACGACGCGGGAUGGCAUGUGGGAAGCUUUCCAGGAUGGGGAGAAACUCGGAACUGGGGAAAACCUGGCCCCCUGGCACCCCAUCAAGCCAGGGGGUGUGCUGAUCCUUGGGCAGGAACAGGACACUGUUGGGGGCAGGUUCGAUGCCACGCAGGCAUUCGUGGGGGAGCUCAGCCAGUUCAACAUAUGGGACCGCGUCCUUCGUGCGCAAGAAAUUAUCAACAUUGCCAACUGCUCCACGAACAUGCCCGGCAACAUCAUACCCUGGGUGGACAACAACGUCGAUGUGUUUGGAGGGGCUUCAAAGUGGCCCGUGGAGACCUGUGAGGAGCGUCUCCUUGACUUGUAGCUGCCUCCUGCUCUGUCUAGGAGGCCAGGGCUGGGCUGUUCCUGUCGGAAGUGCAAGGCCACCUCCUCCCCCAGCUAAACUGUGUAAAAGCCCCUGCCAGAAUGGGCUGGGGCCCCCAAAGCUCAUUCCCAGGGACUCUUGGAAGGCCGAGGCUCUGUAGCAGCCCGUGUCACUAGAUUCUUUGUUCUUUACCAGUAUUGUGUUGUUUUGAGGGGGGAAGAAGCCCUGAGCUUGCAGGUGGGCAAAUCUGACUUCCUGCUGCGGACGGGGGGAUUAAGGCCCUUGAGGCCCCGUGCAGAGCCCCUGUAAUUGCUAGCACACCGCAGCCUUGCCCACCCUCUUGGAUCCUCGAUGUCCCGUGUGCACCUUCUGUCUGUCCCCUUGAAAGGCUGUGCGGCCAUCCUGCUGGAGUAUCUGUGUCCCUUGUGUAUUGAGUAUACCCUGCUGUCCCCUGAGCACGCAGCAAAGCAGCCCCCGCCGCUCACAGAAGGGCCUUUCUCUUGGUGUUCUUUACUAUGCUCUGAGGAACUCUUCAGCUCGAGGAGGGGGGCAGGCUGCCCAGACCACACCCUGCCUUCUCCAAGAUGGAGGGGGCAUCCGAGCCUCCAGAGGGGGCUGGGAGCGGGACCGCAGAAGGGAGUUCUGGAGGAGGGCUGUGGCAGCUGAGCCUCCCCCUCUGUCACCUCUCCCUCCGAUCGAUGCUUUGAUGGACUCGUCGCUGGAAAUGGCUUCUUUGCAAAGCCUCCUUUCUCCACUGGUGCCAAAAGUUCAGUUGCAGCUUCUCCAACCAUUUGGUAUGGUCAGGGGGGAUUGAUUUUUUCCCAACAGAGAAGAACAGCCAUUAGCAGCCUUCCAUUUUUGAUGUCUCGCCCCCCUGUGAGGAAUGUGCUAGUUUUAAUCCAUGUUGAUUACUGUAAGCGUUUGACUGUCUCAAGUAUUUCCCCCAGAACUUUUUCAGGAAAUGGAAGUCAUUUGGCUGAUAUUUGCUCAGUGACUCCAGGUUGCUUAAUUUAUUGGACAGAGGUAGUAACUUAUUUUAAGGAGAGUGAUGAAGUGGGGAAAUUUAUAAAGCUAAAUAUUAUAUAUUUUAUUUUUCAUACAUGUUUGAAGUGCAAAUCUGUGGAAAUUCCAUUUGUAGGACCAAGUUGACAUGCCCAUCCUAACACUGUAUGCUACAAGAACUCUUAUGAUGACGGAAUUUUGAUUAAAGUGCCCUGGAAGAUGC